AUGGGAGGGGCCGGAAUCGCGUUUCCCGAUCCCACUCCCCCCGUCCCGAUCCCGGUUGGGUGGGUACUGUCUUCUCCAAAGCUGGUUCUCACCGCGCCCUCCUCCGCAGAGUCGCCCAAGGUGGAGGUUUACUCCCGCAAACUCGCCGUCAACGGGGAGGGGAACGUCCUAAACUGCUUCGUCAGCGGCUUUCACCCACCCAAGAUCGACAUCACCCUCCUCAAGAACGGCGAGCCCAUGAGCGACGUCAAGUACACGGACAUGUCCUUCAAUGACAAGUGGUCUUUCCAACGCCUGGUGUACGCGCCCUUCACCCCACAGAAGGGGGACGUCUACACCUGCAGAGUGGCCCAUUCCACCCUGAGAGAGCCACAAAAUUACCGAUGGGGCGAGUAUCACCUCCCUUCCUCUUCCAGCUUUGCCUCUGCGCGUGGGCAGAAGCCGGUGCUCCUUGAUUUGUAG